AUGGAGGCCACUUCUGAAUCUUCCGACCCGAAAACCGUUGAUCUUCCCGUCAUUGAUCUCCGCCUUGUUUCUCAAUCGGAGCUAUACACUAUCUCCCUUUCGCACGCUACCGUCUGUAACCGUCGCAUCGACGAAGAUUGCGUUAUCCCUAAAAUUGACCGUUCUGUUUUCAAAGAGUCCACCGGUAGCCGGAAACAGACGUUUUCUCGUCUUCGUCUGUUUCCUCGUAACAAUAACAACCCAUACUCUCCCGUUCCCGUUCCUGUUUCUGCUGCCGUUGCUCCUGUUGCGGUUGUUCCCGCUCCUUCAUCUUCGUCUUCCCGCAUUGCCUCUGACGGAGAGAAUUCUCAAAUAAUCGAUCUCCUGCAAGAACUAUUCGGCGUUGAACCUCUCCGCGGCGCGUAUAAUGACAGUGCUGUUCCGUUGCAAGUUGAAUUCAAACAACCGGGUCUUGAAUUUACGCCUCAGGCUGUUCAGAAUGUUCCGAUUGAUGGUAGUCAGACGAAGCGGAAGCGCGGAAGGCCUCGCAGGGGCGAGACUCCGGGCACGGAGACUCUAUUAGCCAUUUGCGAUGGUAAUGGAAAGGCGAUGGAAACAGAUGAUAAGAAGAAGGUAGAAACUGUUAAUGGCAAGAAGAAGAAGAAGGUGGAAACAGUAAAUGAGAAGAGAGUGGAAGGGGCUAAGGAAAAGCAGGGGUUUGUUCUGGAGGAUGCUGGGGAUCCAUUUGUGGAGGAGUUGAUCGUGAGGACACAAGGGAUGAAUACAGAGCCAGAGUUGCUGGAGUUUUUGGAGGGUUUGAAUGGAGUUUGGGGAAGUGAUAGGAAGAAGAGGAGGAUUGUUGAUGCUAACUGUCUCCGUGAUGUGCUGCCAACUGGAUGGAAACUCAUACUUACUCUUCAAAGGAGAGGGAGUCGCGCAUCGGUUUUAUGUCGCCGAUACGUAAGCCCUGACGGAAGCGAGUUUGAGACAUACAAGGAUGUUUCUUCAUACUUGGUUUCUUUGUCCGAUGUUCAAGACGCGAGCCACUUAAAAUCUAGUUAUACUGAUGGUAGUAAGCAGUUUUCCAGCAAUAUCAAUAUGUCAUCUGAAAAUAAUAUUGGUCAUGUCCCCACAGGUGGCGUUAUGAUUGAUGCCAAUGCAAGUUCUCAUCAUGAAAAGCAAGCCACCAUAUCAUCACCAAAUGGAACUGAAAAGCGAAACACUUCUGAUGGGAAUUUAAAUGGUGACCUGGCAGCUAUGGAUUGUGAAUUAGGUGAUGCCACCAAUGGAGCCUUUGGAGUCUCUGACCAUCCAACUGAUGAUAAGCUACCACUGAAGGCAGAUACGAAUGAUGCAAACUCAGUUCAGGAAAGCUUUCUUUCAGAGGACAGAGUUUAUAAUCAGAGUGUUGGUCCCAUCCCUACAGGUGGCAUGAAGAUUGAUGCAAACACAAGUUCUCAUCAGGAGAAGCAGGCCACCAUGUCAUCAUCAAUUGGAACUGGAUGGGAUGAAACUGUUCCCAAUGGAAAUGAGCAAGUACGUUUUGGUGACAAUGGGCUUGGGCUUUCCGCCACAUUAGUGGAAAACCACAUUCAGAAAAUAGCUUCUGAAAGCAGCAUGCUGGUUCCAAAUUCUCAAGAUAUUUCUACUAAUGGUAAACUUCAGUUUUGUCCGGAAGGCUCUCUUGUCCCAUCCCAGAAUGAACUUAACCAUACAUCUAUAGAGAGUAUGGAUAGGGAACAAACUUUUGUGCUGAAGGACUCUGCUGGGGCAAACAAAAAUUAUAAUGAUUUUCCUGGCUCGUCCACGGAUGAGAGAACAUGGGAUCACAAUGAUGAAUAUAUGAAUAAUAUUUCUUUUGAUCCCUGGCAACAAGAUGCACCUGUGUCUGGUGAAAUUGAUUUUACUCCCAAUCUUUAUGUAACUAAUGGUGUUAGUGAUAAUCAUGGUCUUCCAUUGGACGAAGUUGCGACAAGCUGUUUACAGAAAAUGAGUUCUCUGAAUGACCAAAUUUGCACAAUGGACAAUCUGUUGCACAGAAGGUCUGAAAGUAACUUAUUUACAGUAGCCGAGAGUCAGCACCCUUCAGCUCGCCAUGAUAAUAUAAAAAACAUCUCAGAUGGAGCCUCUGUUGCAGUCAAACAUGUUGAUGAUGCAUCUUCUAGGGUCUUGCAGGGGAGAUCACAAUCUGUUUCUCCUGGUGGAAGUAUGUUAAACCAGUUUGACAAGAAAAAUGAUGAUGGGGUUAAUAAUGGAAAUACCUCUUGCUUAUCAGGUAUUCGCAAAUUUUGA